AUGUUUACCUGUUUGGUAUCUCUCUUCGUUGGAAUGGCCGUUGGGGUUGGCCUUGCCAAUAUCUUCAAUCCUACAGUCCAGCUGGUAGCCAACACGGUCGCCAAAGCAAGUUUAAGUCCACCAGAGGUGAACGUGAAUAGCGAGUUUGUCUUCAACCCCGAAACAGGGGAAGCCAAAUGCGGUACGCACUGGACUGAGGCCAAGCGUCUGGGUUGCCAAUUUGACGUUAUGGCCUCGCGAUGGUACUCUCCAAAGUGUUUCAACCAGGAUGUCUUGCAUGAAAUGCUCCAGGAGGUCGAUUUCAAGUGGUACGCUGAUCGGGAACACACCAAGGAAGUCUCCCGGGACGUUGCACUCGCCGGCGAGUUUGAGGCUGUGUAUCCGGACAAUGAUUAUCACAUAAUGCAUUGUCUCUACUUGUGGCGACGAUUACAUUCCGCUGUCAUUGAACAUCGAUACUUGGAUGUUGAUGUGUACAGCUACGAACAUACAUUGCACUGCACAAGAUUAAUUAUGCAAUGGCCAAGGGGGAUAAAUUCCACCACAAUCGCGACCUCCGGCAUUCCGUAUUGCAGGUCUAAGCCACUGUGA